AGUCUGUGGCUAGUUGGCUACCGUUAGUGUCGAGCCCUGGACCUUACGAUAUGAUUUUGCAUCCAUGUCAUGUUCUUGUAAACUUAAUUAAUUGUUUCGCGAGCUUCGCAUUUUCUAAAUGAAACUAUCUUCACUUUAAAAGUUCAGAAUAUGCUUCAAAAUAUUGGUCAAACUAUAAACGUCUUAAUAUUUUAUUGUUUGUUUCUGUGGUUGUUGAGCGAUGAACUGGAUUAGUUACCGACAUACAGGACAAUGAGAAGUUAGUAUCUCACCGAGGAACUCCAUCAAAUAUAGAGGAGCAAUAACUUGGAAUAGCCUUUCCAGAAAAGAAUCUUCGAUGGAUCCCAGCAUGGAAGGAAUUGCCGCUCCCGCUGAGGCAGAAAGUGCCAAAUCGUCGGAAUCCACACCUGACCCUGAAAAAGAGACAAAUAAGAGACGCAAGAAGAAGAAGAAGAAGAAGAAGAAGGAGGAAGAAAUGGUCAGUGAUGCCCUCGGGAAUGAAGCUGAAAUUGGUGAAUCGUCUAAAAAGGCGUCAGAAAAUGAAGAUCAAGAAGAAGAUGCAAAUAAAAGUUUUGAUUUAGAAGACAAGAUUACUCUAGCGAAAGAAAGCGAGGAACAUGACAUCCAGCUCAGUGAAACAGCAAGCAAAAAGAAGAAGAAGAAGAAGAAGAAGAAGAAGAAAAGUAAAAAGGACAGUUUGGUCCCUGAGGUGAAUUUGAAUCCUGAGAAUAAUAAAAAUGACAACGAGGAUAUGUCUAGUACCCUAAAGAAAGUCGAUCCCAAGUCUAGCUUUGUGGAGGAAGGCAUUAAAGAUCCAGCUGUAGUGGAAAGUGACGGGCAAGAAGCUGGGGAAGAUGGUCAUCCACCAACAGAACGUAGAGAUGUUUUGAGUGGGGACACUAGGCGAGACAGUGGUGAGGAAUUCAGUGACAAAAACGAAGAGUCAAAACCAGCUGGAAGAGACGAGAAACUCGCCCUUGUUUCAGUUGAAGAGAGUGGAAGGUCAACUCCUGAAGCCGUGACAGAAAGAGAGACAGCUGAAUCAGCAGCAGCAGCAGCAACAACAACAACAACAACAACAACAACAACAACAACAACAACAACAACAACAACUGCUAAUGGGGCAGUCAGUGACCCUGUUGUAGAUAGUGCUUCUAUAGACUUGCCUUUGGAAGACGAUGAGAAGUCUGAUACUGAAGACGACUCAUACCAUGUGCCAUUAGAUAAUGAGGGGAGAAACGUAUUGUGUGUUUACAAGCUUAUUUAUGGAGUUGGUCUCGAAGCUCUUAGAAAUUUGUUCAUGGACAUCAAUCCAACUUGGUCCAAUCAGCCAUCUGAUGCAGCAGCAUUCGAUAAAGGGAAGAUGAAACUUACUAAAGAUGAAGAAGUCAGUUUCAAAAAGGGAAAUAUCCAUGAAUGGGAUUUCUCACUGAUCACAAACAGUCUUCUUUUUUCGAACGCUUGUGCUCCGGAGGUGAACCGCAGACCAGGCUGUGACACUGCCCUGAAGGAAUUAAAGAAGUGUCGUAAUAAAUUGCUAGGCCAUCCCUCUACAGACAAGAUGUCCGAUGCACACUUCAACCACUACUGGCCUCUUCUUUCAACCCACUUAAGUACAGUUGGUGCUGAUCCGAAUGCGAUAGCCGAAAUAAAGUUCCAGUCAGAUGAAGUCCUUAAUGCUGGAGGACACUACAAGGAGUUGUAUUUGACAGAACGAGCGAAAUUUAAUCCUUUGGAAAAGAAGCUGGAUGAGUUAACGAGCAAGUUCGAAACCUUUGUUGCUGAUUAUUCCAAUAAUUCUACCGACAAAACUCCCAUUAGUCCAAGAGAACUUAGUGGCCCUAACUGGGAUGAAUUUUUGAAGUUUUGCGACGCGGUUGGUGACUUUGACACACGCAAGAACCAGUACAUUCUUGUUACCGACGCUCUCUCGCGAGAUAAUCUCGGAUACUUUUCCAUUUUGAGAAGUAUACCCUGGAAGAUGGUGGUAGAUUUCGAUCCCAUGUCAGAAGAGAAAGGGUUGUAUCACUCCUUUAUUUCAGAGGAAGGACAAGGUAGUCUAGUGAGCAUGACUACACCAGCAGAGGUCAAGGGAAGUUCCAUUGUAAGCCUUGCACGUCAGAUUGAUCCCAGUAAAACGCAAUGGUUGUUUGUCAAAGGAAGAUCAAGUGACACGGAUGGUAAGAUACAGAGUUUUCCUGAGUGGGAAUCAUCUUCUGUCAAAGACAUUUCAAGAUUUUUUGGAUGUUGUUGUGAUCCGGACAAGUUUGACAGACAGAAGCCCGUGGUGUGCCUUAUUCUUCCAUAUUGCCAAGAAAGUGCACCAUAUCUGGAAGUAACACUGAGUCGACUCUUCGAGAACUUUGAUGAUCAGUUCAGCUUGCGAACAGUAUCUCUUAAGCAAGAGAAAAGCUUAUCAGUUUUUAACAAGGUCAAAGUACGAAGAGUACAGCUAUGCCCAAGGCUUGUCCAUCUGGGUUUGAAAGAGAUGCUUUCUUCAUCUGCAAAGCAACAGUUUCGAAUGCCCACCUCCCAAGCCAAGGUUUACGUAGAACUAACAGAGAAAGAGUUCCUUUACUUGAAUGAACAUCUUGAUAUUCUGUAUGAAGGCUGCGAAGGCUUACCAGACAGCUCAAAUGACCCGUUAGAUGAUGAUUUACAGAUAAGAAACUUUCUAGAGGAGCACAGGAAACUCUUUAUGUCGGGAAAUCAAAUUUCAUUUGCAAGUCUUUAUGACAACCAUGAUGCCAAGAGAGAAAUUGAAAAGGGCAUUCAGAUCCAUGUCCAGCGUGUUUUAGACAAUGGACUUACACGAUCAAUGAUGGUGGUUAUUAAGCACUUGCCAGGUACUGGAGGCACCACUAUUGCUCGCCGCGUGAUGUGGGACCUUCACAAAGCGUACCCAUGUGCUUUCGCGGACUUAACUUCUCAUAUGUACUUCGAAGAAGACAGCAGUUACGCCAGGAAACUUGCUGAUCGGAUUGCCGCGUUGGAAGAAAUCUGCCAAACUUCCCCCGUUAUUCUGGUUGAUGGAAAGCAAUCAGGGUCAAUCGAAAGCAUCGCUAACAAAACUAUAAGGAUACUAGGUAACUUAGGAAAGCGAGCCCUUCUCUUGUGUUGCCAACACGGUUCGAAGACCUCAACGAAGGAACCUCAAGAACUAUCUUGUGUCCAUAAUGUGUUUUACGUCGAUGCCAAGCUCGAAGACUCAGUGGCUGAUCUGAAUGAAUUUGAUUCAAAAUACAAGGAAUUUAUAGAGAGGUCCCUAGCCGAGAAGCCCGUUUCAGGACCUUGUCGAGUGUUUCAUUUUCCUCUCCUGGCAAUGAUGCAAGAAUUUCGACCCAAGCUGAAGAAGAUAGUCGAAGAUACAUGGAACGAGAUGGAAAAUCUUCAACAGCAAAUUGCCAUUGUGGUAGCUUUCCUUCAGAAGUAUGCCAACCAGCCGACACCAUCGUUACUCCUCUAUGAUGCUUUCAAGAGCUACAUUCGUCUGGAAUGUGGCAAAACUGUCACAUACAGCGACAUUAAGCACCUGUUCUCAGAGCAUUUACUGAACUUGAUGGUACCCUCGAACCCUUGGCUACGUCGAAGAAAGUUGUUCCAUUCCAUGGAACCAUCCCCUCAAAGUUAUACAUUUCAACAUCACUUGGUGGCGGAGAUGUUGGUGAAAAAGUGUCUGCAGGAGCAAGGCUGUGAUUUGUUUCAAGUGGUGAAUCAAUUUCUUCAAUUUCCGAUUUAUAAGCGUGACAACAUUGAGUUCCUGAAACUUUUUGAAGGGCUUUUCCUCUACAACAAGGACUGUCAGAAGAAGCUGAAGUUUUCGCUUCUUUUUGAGGAGCUUAAAAGCAUCAACCCGGAACGAGCUGGAGAAGUGUUUUGCGAAGCAGCAGAAAAGACUGGUCACUCAGCCAUAUUCUCCCACGCAGGACGUUUUUUUGCCAAGCUGGAACCCCCCGCGUUUCAAGAGGCAAUGAAGCUAAUAGAUCAAGCCUUUCAAGUCAAUACUUCUGGCUCCAGACCAGCAUUCAGAAGCAUUUGUUAUACCAAGGGGGUAGUACUUUACAUUCAGCUGAAACACAUGAUUUCCAAUGGCAAAGUUAAAGAUCUGAAUGCUCUCGAGGAGCAGGCAAGCAAGGCCUUAGAGGCUUAUAAACAAGCUCGCGGCUUUCCCCUUAAUUCUCCAAAAACCUUAAUUAGUGAGGUAGAGGUAUGGCUUGCAUGCCUUGGAUGGAUCAUGAGAAUCUACUGCAAGAGGGAUUCUGAGAAAACCAUCAAGUUUCUAGCCAAUCAGUGUCCCUCGUUCUUUCGCACCUGUGUGAGUGACUCGUUUUAUCUUCUUGACGUCGCUGACAGAAUCAUUCAAAGUGAGCCAAACCUAAAUGAACCAGAGGAAACUCAAAGAUGGUGUAACAGUGCUAGGCUUGCUCUAAUGAAGUCGUUUGGUACUAGUUCUUCUUCAACCGGGCGUGGACGAGACGCAGAAGAUGUAGUUCAAGCUUGUAAGGCACUUUGCAGCGCUAAAAACUUUCCAAGGACUUCUACGUUAGAGUUAAAAAAGCUGCAGGCCCAUUUCAUUUUGAAUUCUAGUGAUCAGAUCGAAUCUCUAAAGCAAGAACAUCUUGAAUUUUUGCUUAAACUGUUAGAGGAAAUUGUGCUUCAGGAACAUCAGUACCGCUUGGCCUACCACUUAAUGAAGGUCUGUGUACUGGUAUCAGGACCUCGGCGUUACAGCCUCGAACAAGGCAUCAAUGUUUGCGACAAGUGGCUGGAGGUUGCUAAUCACGGUUGUCUUCCUUACUUCUAUCAAAUGGCCAUCCUUUUCUUAAAGAUCCUUGACGGUCACGUAAUCGAAUUCAUGCCGAAGUACCUGAAAGCCUUGAAAAUGUGCCGAGAGAAGUCACAGAACCACUGUCGCAGUAGCCAGUCAACGUUGUUUGUGAGUAAAGAAGGGGAAGGAAUGCCGCGCCUUGUUACUCGCAGUACCUUGUUCCGUGGUGAAACGGACUAUUCAACCGAUUUUUCCGAGACGGUCACAAGGUUCUGGCUCGUCGGUAGUAGAAAGAAAUUGCUUGAAUGCAAAGGUAGGAUCCGUGUAGAACCAUCCUCUGAUAGGGGAAAAAAGUAUCCCUACAUCGAAUUGCCACAAGGAAACGUGGCCCUCUACGUGGGAAAGAAUGCAGAUAUUGGUAAAGUGGACAGGGAUUUCACCAAAGGACAGCUGGUAUAUUUUGUUGUUAGUUUCAACCUUCAGGGUCCAGUUGCAAACGGAAUAACCUUCACCCCACACCAACCUUCUCCUCGCUAGAAGUACAUACCGACAAAGGUAAACUUGCAAGCUGCUUAUGAUAUUCGAAAAGAACUGUCAUUUUUGGAUGGAAGCAAGUCACUGCUAAUUUAGUUUUGUUAAAUAGCUCAAACACGAUUCAGAUAAAAAGAAAAACUUUUAUAUCUUCUCUACGGUUUACAUUUGAUGAAUUGUAAAAAUUAGGAUUUCAUAAAUGAAAACUACCAAGUUUAUGUUGUUAAUCGUCUAAGACAUUAACUGGACUAUAAAUAGUCUAAGAUUUAAACAUGUCAUGUAAAUGUCUGAUGUAAACAUUUUUAGGAAUGCCCUGCGUUUCUUGACUUGAGAAGCAAGUACAUUUGCUAAAAGGGUCUCAUUUACUUUUUUGUUCUCUUUCAGUGCAAUACUGGUUUUUCUUGUUUGGGUUCGUAUCUACUUUUUGUAUUAGUUGCUUUUAGUAGUGUUGGGUGUCAAGCUAAAUACCGCCGUCUUAAAGCAAGAUGCGGCUCUUAAGAUAGAGGCGGAUAACUAUUAUCUUAUCAUAGGGAUACAGACAAACACUGCUUGGAGGCAGUAGUGCAUUGACUCUGGCUUUUUUGUUUGUGUAAGAGGUAGCGGUAAAACUGCUUCUCAUAAUAAUUAUGGUUAACUUGUUAUUUUAAUAGGAACUAAUUCGCAGAUUUUUGAUAUAAAGCACUGCAAAACAGAGUGCUGAAAUGGAGGCAAUGAAUUAGUUGAGUGGUGUGGAGCAUUGAUUUCUGAUAAUCAUUUUUAACGCGGGUUGAUAUUAAGAGCUUGUGAAUAAACACUAACAUCGUGAUA